AUGACGAUGUCAAACGCAGCCAAGAUCGCCUUCAUCGGCCUCAACGCCCUGCGUCUUGUCUCGCUAGUCACUGUCAUUCUGGUCUUCACCACCCUCGUCAUGGGCCUUGUCGAGGACAUCCGCGACUACCACAACGAUGCGAUCAUGGACUCUGCGCAAGCGGACGACUGUGCCUACGUCCCUGGCACGUCCAUCCCCAUGCAGACGUGGGGCAUCUUCUGGGUUGAGAUCCACCGUGCUCUGCUCAUGCUUGGCGUCAUCUCCCUUUUCCUCGCCGAGCUCAGCUGGCUGGGCAUCUCUCGCCUUGAAAGUGCUGCUCGGGUGUGGGUGCCGGUGCUCAGCCGCACUCAUGGCUUGGCGGCACUGGGCGCGGUGCAGGUCGUGGUCGCAACAUCCAUCCUGAGCCACUACCUCGACGUCUUCCCUCUCGUCGUCAGCUGGAUGCUAUUCGUCAUCGGCAUCCUCUACCUCGCGCUCGGUCUCAUCUUCCACGCCUACUCAUUGAAAGAUGGUCGGAGCUUCUACUCAACCAACCGCAAGCGAUUCAUCGAGAACCGCGCCAAGGGUCACGUAUACCGCUCGUUCAGCGAGAAGGGGUACGGCGCAACCACAUCUACCGACAAACCCGCAGCGACCAUGCGCAAGCUCUUCAAGCGCAAGAAGCCGGCCGUGUCGAUCCACGAGACCUUCCCUUCGCUCGAAGCGGAGUCUCACAAGCAAGUGCUCGCCGAGAGGGCACGUCGGAUGGAGCACGCGCGCAAGACCUCGGCUGUGACGAUUGACAUGAAUGGCGACGCGGACAGGUCUUCGAUCACGCGCGACUUUGUUUGGAACGCCCGCGCGGGUGUUGUUCACGAACUCAGCCAGGCUCGAGAGGAGGGCGAGUGGGAGAUGCGACACGUGGCCAACGCGCGUCGAGACAGCGAGCAAUCGUGCAGCGCCGCCAGCGUCGCCAGCAGUACGCAGAUCCGUAUUGGAGGGUAUACAUCAAGCGAAGCUGCGCGGGCGAGGGAGCGCGCUCGUGCUCGCCGUGCUGCUCUCACCGCCGACAGUGGCAGAAGCCAUCCGCCACCAGCAAAGAGUACCGGACAGAGCGGUAAGGCGGCCAACAAGGUCAAGGCUGUCAAACGGAGGAGUAUGGCGCUGGUGAAUACGGCCAGGAACAGGCUGAGCGCGGGGACCGCUUCGGCGCUCGCUGCUAGGAGACGCGCACCUAGCCGCGGAAUCCCAAAUCCGGAGAAUGAGAUCGUCAUCGAGUAUAUGAACGAUGAUGCGACCGUGCCGCCGGUCCCGCCCCUGCCAGCGUAUCAAAGGGCUGUGAAGCCGGGCGAGGAGGUUGAGCUUCCUGUUGCCUCGCGGUUCGCUCGCGCUCAUGUGGUUUAG